CGGUCUGCCCCGGGGCCCCACCGGUCCCCCCCGCCGCCGCCGCCGCCGCCGCCAGCAGCGCGGGUGUCCGAGCGGAGCCGGACCUGGAGCCUCCGCCGUAGGGCAGUAGGCAGCAAAGAUGGUUUCUCCCCCAACCCGAUACCUAGUGUUCUUUCAGUACUUUGGCACUAAAUAUAGUGGGGUUAUGGAGACUUCGAAUGAUCAGUCAAUGGUAGGAGUCCAGAAUUAUUUGGAGAAGGCAGCGCAGAACCUAAAACCCAUUGUUCCCAUCAAGUUCUACAUCUCCAGCCGAACAGAUGCUGGUGUCCAUGCACUCUGCAACUCUGCUCACCUUGACAUCCAGAGGCCACCGGGGAAGCCAGCUUUUAAUGAGAAACAGCUCAUCUGCAGUCUUAAUUACCACCUGAAGCCUGAGCCAAUCCGCAUUUUGAAUGCCUAUCGAGUGACCAAUAGCUUCCACGCGCGCUUCUCUGCACUGUCAAGAACCUACGUUUAUCGGCUGUUGAUGGGCUGCACUCAUUAUUCUGAAAUACCGGUGUUUGAAAAGGAUCUCUGCUGGGCUCCUGCGGGAGGCUACCUGAAUGUGCCUGCUAUGCAGGAUGCAGCACAGUUCCUGCUGGGAACCCACGACUUCAGCACCUUUCGCUCACUUAACUCUGAAACACCUUUUCGGUCUCCAGUCAGAACCAUCCUCCAGGCAGACAUCCGACCCUCUUCUGGUUUCCUGUCCCACCACUAUGAACACAGGGGACUGGAGUUUUGGGAGGUGAAGUUCAGGAGCAGAUCAUUUCUUUACCGACAGGUCCGAAGAAUGGUUGGGGCUCUAGUUGCAGUUGGCCAGGGAAAGUUAACACCUCGUCAUAUAAAGGAGUUACUGGAGAUAAAAGAUUCACGGGCUUUUCCACCAAAUGCCAUGGCUCCGCCAUCUGGACUCUUUCUAAAAUCAGUGGAAUAUGAUGAAGCAGUGCCCGUGAAAUGUGGAUACAAAGGACUUUGCACCUCACUACAGACCUUCUCCAGGCUGCCUUGUCUCAGCCAGACCACAGACCUCCUACAGAUUUGGACACUACAGUUGCCCCAGGAGAAUAGCAGCUCUGUGAGAUACAGCCAUAUCUGAAAGGACUGUGUUGUGAAUAUGUGAUGGAGGUUUGCUAAGCGCUCUUUACUCAAUACACGGUCUUGUCUCAAUAAAAAUCAUUGACUGUGACUGUAGGCAUCUUCCUAUCAUUUGUUCUUGCCCUCUGAGACUGCCAAGGGGAAAGGAAGAACAACUCCA